CACAUGAGCAUGCUUUUGCGGCACAGUCGAUAGCACGCUGGACUUCGGGCUAGAAGGUCAAGGGUACGAGACCUGCUCCCUGCUUUUUUCAUUACACUGGUGUCAGAAGUGGGAUCGGACCUUGUAUCCACGACUGGUGAGCCGGUGAGCGUGAGCGUAAGACGGUGAGCGUGUAAGACGUAGAGUCGCAAGCUAGCGCGAGGACGCGUUCUUUGAAAGGAGGGAGUAGUGUAAGGACCCUGGGUUUAUAAGCGCGGAAAUCGACUCUGCGGCACAGUCGAUAGCGCGCCAGACCUCGGGCUCGAAGGUCGAGGGUUCGAGACCUGCUCCCUGCUGUUUCAUUACAGAAUUGUACUAGAAUAUUAAAUGUUAUAAUAAAAAAUUAAUAAAUAAAAAUUGUAUUUUUUAUAAUAUAAAAAAUAUAUAAAUCUUAAAACCAACAUUAAUAUGGAGAAGUCAAUAUACAAGUGUAAGUAAAAACAAAUGUAAAUACGUUAGAAAUUGUGCUACUAAUGCACAUGACGGCUCAAACACGUAUCAUAAAAGUGAUGUUCAUGUUUGGUUAGCUUUUGGAAACGUGCCUAUGCACAUAACUUUUCCUGACACUUAAGCGCGCACAAAAACAACAGUUACACGAUGACUAAAAGCAAAACCGUGAGAUCAACAAGUGUUUGGAAUGGAGCCUAAGACUGACUAGUUUUCCCUUAUUUUUAGGAACUUUCCACCAGGGUUGUCAUAUCCGCUGACGUCACCAGACCUAGUCUUUCCCCUAAUGAUUUUGUCUGCGUUCCAUAAAAGGAGCUGUUUUUCAUAUAGCUGGCUUCACAUGCAAUUUAUUUGUGAUUGGCCAACAUUUACAUAUAGUUUGCAUAUUGUUAUUUAACAUUAUUUGUAUUGAUUUCAGUCUCUACGGCGUCUUAGGCUUCAAUCACAUUUCAAUCAAUCAAAUGUAUUUAUAAAGCCCUUCUUACAUCAGCUGAUAUCUCAAAGUGCUGUACAGAAACACAGCCUAAAACCCCAAACAGCAAGCAAUGCAGGUGUAGAAGCAUCUCUCUCUGUCUGCAGACCAGGAGAAAGUAAGUAUAUAAUAUAGCUUAGUAAAUCUGUUCAAAUCACACAUCACAAACACUUACUUUUUCAUACACAAAACAGAUGGAAGGCAAAGCAUUUCACCAGAUUGAUGUAAUCUGUGUAUUAUGUAAGGAAUAAACGCAGACGUUUUGUACAUUAACUUGGAAAUAAUGGACAACGCAGCAGGACAAGGUCAUGCACAGAAAGGAGGCGUUUAUCCCGUUUAUACCACAAAUUCCAAAGAGAACAAUACUAAAGCACACAUUUAUCGGCAGAAAUCCUGCUGCUACUGCUACUAUGCACUGGCUUCUUAGAAAAAUACGUUAGCCUGCGCACAUUACUUUUCCUGACAUCAUCACGUUUAUACAUUGUACUUUUCGAUUUACCUGAUAUAGUGGGAUGGCUAACAUUCGAUGUCGGUGGAUGCGUUGUCUUCUAGCCAAAAUAAGAAAUGCAAUCAUAAUUGACUAGCGCUUAUAAGGCGCACACAACAAUUCCAUGAUGACUAAAAGCAAGAGCGUGGGAUGAGUGUUUGGGAUGCAGUCGACCGCUAAUUUCACACACACACAUAUAUAUAUAUAUUUUUUUUUAUAUAUAUUUUUCCACCUUUAUUUAACCAGGUAGGUCAGUUGAGAACAUGUUCUCAUUUACAACUGCGACCUGGCCAAGAUAAAGCAAAGCAGUGCGACAGAAACAACAAUACAGAGUUACACGUGGAAUAAACAAGCGUGCUGACACAAUGUAUAACAUUUACAAAAAGUCUAUAUAUAGUGUGUGCAAAUGGCGUGAGGAAGUAAGGCAAUAAAUAGGCCAUAGUAGCGAAGUAAUUACAAUUUAGCAAAUUAACACUGGAGUGAUAGAUGGGCAGAUGAUGAUGUGCAAGUAGAAAUACUGGUUUGCAAAAGAGCAGAAAGGUAAAUAAAAACAAUAUGGGGAUGAGGUAGGUAGAUUAGAUGGGCUAUUUACAGAUGGACUAUGUACAGCUGCAGCGAUCGGUUAGCUGCUCAGAUAGCUGAUGUUUAAAGUUAAUGAGGGACAUAUAAGUCUCCAACUUCAACAAUUUUUGCAAUUUGUUCCAGUCACACAUGUCCCCUCUCCUCACCUCUCACCGGCCUUCUUUCCUCUCCACUCACCUCCUUCAUCACCAAACUUUCCUUCUUAUCACCCCUCACCCUUAACAUCCUCAAUAUUUUCUUUUUUUCACCCCUCACCUUGUUAUCACCUUCUUCUUCUCCCUCAUCUCCAUCAUCGGAUCCAGAGACUUAAGUUUUUUUAAGAGCAUUUGUUUAUAAACAAAAUGUAGUAUUUAAAACCUCAAUGUCAGAGUGUUUUUCCUUAGGAUCAAUCCUUAUUCGAUUUGUCAUACAUUUUGAAUGAGCUUUCUCCCCUCUAGAACAGACCUAAGUGCCAUUUGGGCAGCAGAUAGCCUAGUGCGACAGAAACAACAACACAGAGUUACACAUGGAAUAAACAAGCGUUGGGCCAGUAACCGAAAGGUUGCUAGAUUGAAUCCCCGAGUUGACAAGGUAAAAAUCUGUCAUUCUACCCCUAAGCAAGGCAGUUAACCCACUGUUCCCCGGGGGCCGAAGACAUGGAUGUCGAUUAAGGGGUUGGGUUAAAUGCUGAAGACACAUUUAAGUUGAAGGCAUUCAGUUGUACAACUGACUAGGUACCCCCCUUUCCCCAUUUUACGUACGCUCUGGAGCUGAGUGGACCAGGACAACUGCCCCAUUGCCAACAUGAUAAAUGUCCACAGGGGCAACGUCCUAAACAGUAGCCUGCAUGCAUUUCAAAACAAAAACUUUAAUGCAUGGGGCUAAGAUGGACGUUGUCUUUGUGGACGCUGAGUCCAAGGUGGAGGGGGCAGUUGACCAAUGGGGUCCCUCCAGGGAGUACUACAUCUCCUCGUGAGGGACAUCAGAGGAUCGGCCAUCUUUGAGGGUCCGGAAGGAGCUAAACGUAUGCCGCUUGAUGUCCAUGGUAAGCCUUCUUGUUUCUUUUUACCCGUAUUAAGGUCUGAUUUUCAUUUCACAAAUACAGAAUUUUAGCCAAAACAUUUUGUGAAGAGGCUUUUUCAAGUGCUUUGUCCAGGGCAAUAUAUCAUAGGGAUAGUAAAGCUGGCACACAUUUGAAAUAAUAUUUUUAGCAUCACAUGAGGGCCUGUAUGGAACCAUUGGGAAAAUGAUCAGUGUGUGUGUGGUCCUUGGAGGGGUUGGGCCACACUUCUUCUCUGAGCGACUCUUUGCAGCAGUGUGUGGGAGGCUUGCUCCUCCACUCAGUCUGGAGGAGGUGAGCCACACUACUCUGAAAGCAUAUUGGAAAAUAUCAAAAAAGCAGAGGACCUAUCCGAGGUGAAGAACAAAUUGGAGGAAUCGGUAGACUGGCUGAGCCUACUGGGGCUGAAAAGGAUUGUUGUCAAGACAAUGGAGGACAGGGAUGGUGUGAUUGAAUUGGUGGCUCAACAAUUUGUCCGAGGGAGCAUGCAGGUGGCCUUGGAGCAGUUCAUACAUGGUCUCAACUCUCUUGGGCUGCUGGAGGCAUUGGGGAACGACUCGGACUUCUUCCGAGUACUCUUUGUUGACCCCAUAAAGCCUCUCACUGCCAAGGACCUGCAGGACCUGUUUAAAGUAACCUAUUCCAUACCUGGCGGCAACCGGCGGUGGUUGGAGAACGACACCAUCUGCCACUGGUUCAACUGGCUGGCUGAGAUGGAGAAUGUCCUCCUCUAACAGUGAUGAUGGUGUUGGAGUUUUCUACUGGGGCAACGGGGGUGCCACCCCUGGGGUUUGAGGUCACCCCGACAAUCGAAUUCCUCCACACAGCGCGAGGGCGUCUCACUGGGCAGCAGAAGAAAAAGUACCCAGAGUCAAACACGUGUGCUGUGACACUAAGGCUCCCUCUUCAUAGCACCUACAAUGCCUUUAGGGAAUUCAUGACCUCCGGUAUUGUGAAUUCCCCGCAUUUCGAUGUUGCAUAAAAACAUUUUUAUGAUACCGAAUGUAUAGAAUUGUAUCCAGUAGCACUACACUAACAAUUGAGUGUUCAAAAUGUAACUGCACAUCAACAUUUUAAGCAUUUAUCUACUGAUAGGUUUGGAUUUCUGAGCUUUAACUGGGAUUAAUCAUUAGUUAUAUGAUUAAUCAUUAGUUAUAUGAU